AUGGGCCAGGCCCCCUGGAACCACACGGGGACCUCCGACUUCGUGUUGCUGGGGCUGCGCGCCCCACCCUCCCUGAGACCCUUGCUAUGGACCGCGCUGCUGCUGGCCUACCUGGCCACCGUGCUGGGCAACAGCGCGCUGCUGGGGCUGAUUGCGCUGGACCCGCGGCUGCACCGGCCCAUGUACCGUCUGCUGGCCCACCUGGCACUGCUGGACACGGCGUACGUGAGCACCACGUUGCCGCAGGCGCUGGCACACAUGCUGGCACAGCACGCCCGCCUCUCCCUGGCGCGCUGCGGGACGCAGCUCUACGUGGGCAUCUCCCUGGGCAGCUGCGAGGCCAUUCUCCUGGCCGCCAUGGCCCUGGACCGCUGCCUGGCCGUGUGCCAGCCCCUGCGCUACGCGGCGCUCAUGACGCCCGCACGCUGCGCUGCUCUGGCCGGCACCGCCUGGGCGCUGGGCUUCGUUCUGUCGGUGCCCAACGCCGCGGCCGCGCUGCGCCUGCCCUUUUGCCCCGGGAGGCCCCCGGUCGACCACUUCUUCUGCGAACUGCCGGCCGUGCUGAGGACGGCGUGCGCUGACACCGCCACCAACCACCUGCUGGUGUAUGGCCUGGGUACGCCCAUCCUCCUGCUGCCCUUGAGUUUCAUUCUCGCCUCCUACGCCCUGAUUCUGGCUGCCGUUCGCAAGCUGCCCUCCACCAAAAGCCGGCUCAAGGCGCUGUCCACCUGCAGCUCCCACCUGGUCGUGGUGGGUCUCUUCUAUGGCACGGUGACCGCCAUGUACUUGCGCCCGCGUGCCUCCAGCGCCCUCCCUGCCACGCAUCACAAGCUGGUGGCUGUGUUCUACCUGGUGGUCACACCUGUCCUGAACCCACUCAUCUACAGCCUUCGGAACCGCGAGGUCCAUGCGGCGGCCCGCUACGUGCUCGCCAGGCUCCCGGGGACCCGCACCGCGCGGCGCUGA